AUGCGACGAUUGAAAGCCAGGGCCAGUGAAUUGUGCCGCCGCGGAAUCUUUCGCGCAGCUUCCAGCGGGGAGGUCCUGUCAGGCUUGGGGCAAGUCUUCGAUACCAGGAGCAUCGGAGAUUUUUCAAGUACCACUCCGGUCAAGGAUGUGGAUGUGUUCAUCAGCCAUUCCUGGUCAGCUGACCGUUGGGAGAAAUACUUGGCCAUGUGCUACUUUCUGAACCGCGGUUUGGCGGCAAAAGCGAUGACGGCCUCGGUGGUGCUUUCCGAAGGCUUUGUGCUGAUUUUUCCCACUCUGUCCAUCCACUUGGUGUUCUUGGUCUUGCUGGACUUUCCCAUUGCUAUCUUCUUCUUGGUCUUCUUCUUUGGGCAGCACCUCACGUGUGGAAUCUGGGGUCCCCGCUGCUGGGUGGACAGGCUCUGUGUGGACCAAACCGACGAGACAACGAAGUCUGAAGGGAUCGCGGGCUUACCGACGAUCGUGGCAAACUCCUGUAAAAUGCUCGUCCUGUGGGACAAGUCAUAUUGCAAACGGCUCUGGUGCAACUUUGAGCUCUCGAUUUUCGUGAAGAGCCACGGUCUCCAGAAUCUGCGGCUUCUGCCGCUGUGGCUCACCCCGUGGCUGCUGACGACCAUGUUGCUGUCGUAUGUUUCAGCACGCCUUGUCGCUGUCUUCACUGAGUCUGAUCCCAACUUCGGCGUCAAUGACACCAGCGAGUUCUCAGGAGUUGUGGGCAGCGCACUUGCAUUCGGUUUCAAACGGUUCUGUGAGUAUGCGACUCUACCCUACAACCUCUUCUGUUUGCCAUCCAUCAUCGUCGGCGUUGUGUCCUUUCAAAAAAAGCUGGACGGGCACCGCAAUAUGCUUCAAAGCAUGAAGUCCUUCAAUGUACGACAUGCUCAGUGUGCCCUGGACAACGACCGUUCCGUCAUCGAGGCCCAUGUGGCAGAGCUCUUCGACGGGCUCGAGGAUCCCGUCAUCGCAGUGCCGAUCGAAGUGGAGAAGUCCGGGGAGGAGGAGUGGCAGGAGCUUAUCGAUUCGUCGCUGACAUUCUCAGAUCGUCUUGCUUUGCGUUCUGCGACGGGUCUUGCCACCCAUGAAGAUUGCCUGGAAGAGUUCAACAAGUAUGUUCAAGGCCCAAUGCAUGAUGCAGUUGUCGAAGACCUUGGGGACGUGAUUGACAUACCUUAUACUGUCUGUCUGCUGGCCAUGUUCCCCUGGACCUUGUCUUUUCCUCCUGUUGCUUGGGCCGGAAGGCCUUCCCUUCACGCCCUGGGCUAUCAAUCUGACUUCGAGUAUUUUGCUGUGCAGUUCACUGAAUGCCUCUUCUCCAUGUUGGUGUACCCUGCAGCAUAUCCCUUGUUGCUCCGAUGUGUCCGCCGUCUCGACGGUAGCAUCAACCUGGGCCUUUUGCGAGCCGUGGCGGCCUUCGGCUGCGGAUUACUGACUUUCACGCUGGUUCAGAUUGAGAAUGCGUUCGUGUCCGCUUCACUGGAGAGCUUCACCAUCACACGGCACCCAAUUUUCCUUGGCUCCGUCAUGCUUGCAACUGUCGCCGCCAUGUUCCAGCACUACAUGCUCUUCGGUGCAGGGUGGCCACAAAAGUCCAGCAGGGAGGUUGGGACGUAG